AAUGCCGGCGCAGGCGCGACGAGGCCCUUUCCCGCGGCGGUGGCGGUCGGGGCGGGCGCUGCGUGUGGGCCGCGCGCCGCCGCCAUGGGCUUUGGGGACCUGAAGUCCGCCGCGGGCCUCCGCGUCCUCAACGACUUCCUGGCCGACAAGAGCUACAUCGAGGGGUACGUCCCUUCGCAGGCUGACAUAGCAGUUUUCGAAGCGAUCGCUGCCCCGCCGCCUGCAGACUUGUUCCAUGCUCUCCGGUGGUACAAUCAUAUUAAGUCGUAUGAAAAGCAAAAGGCGAGCUUACCAGGAGUAAAGAAGGCUUUGGGAAAAUACGGUCCUGCUGAUGUUGAGGAUACAACAGGUGUGGCCACAGAUAGCAAAGAUGAUGAUGACAUUGACCUUUUUGGAUCUGAUGAUGAGGAGGAAAGUGAAGAAGCAAAGAAACUGAGGGAAGAACGUCUGGCCCAGUAUGAAUCAAAGAAGUCCAAAAAACCAGCUGUUGUUGCCAAGUCAUCAAUCUUGCUUGAUGUGAAACCUUGGGAUGAUGAGACAGACAUGGCCAAACUAGAGGAGUGUGUUCGAAGCAUUCAAGCAGAUGGCUUGGUCUGGGGAUCUUCCAAGCUAGUACCUGUUGGCUACGGUAUCAAAAAGCUUCAGAUCCAGUGCGUUGUUGAAGAUGAUAAAGUUGGAACAGAUAUGCUGGAAGAGAGAAUAACAGCUUUUGAAGAUUAUGUACAAUCAAUGGAUGUAGCUGCUUUCAAUAAGAUUUAAGUCUUGAUAUAUCUAGAAUAAAUGUUGUUGCAAAAAAUGUGCAGUGUCUGUGCUUAAUUAAAAUCUUAGAGUAACCCA